ACUGAAGUUCGUGUCGUGAUAGUUCUGUGGUACCUACUACAAACAAAUAGCAAAUUCCAUAAUUUUCGAUAUAAAUCAUUUUGUUACGUGUUGUUUAUCGUGCGUAGAGGUGUGUGCUAAUGAGUAAUGUUUUUAUUCUGAUACUGCAUUGAAUACUAGUCUUAUACAGUUUUAAAACAAUAUUGCAGAUCGUAUAACAAACCUGACAAACUGGAUUGCGAAUAAUGAUGGACUCGGACUCGUCCGGUGCGGACUUUUGUCGCUUCUGUAGAUCAGAGGCUUCGUCCGACCGGCCACUAUUUCAUCCGUGUAUAUGUACGGGUUCAAUAAAAUGGAUUCACCAGGAAUGUUUAGUGCAAUGGAUGCGAUAUUCACGAAAAGAAAUAUGCGAACUUUGCGGUCAUCGCUUCUCGUUCAUGCCCAUCUAUUCUCCGGAUAUGCCUCGCAGACUGCCCUUACGUGAUGUUGUUGGUGGAUUAGUGACAUCCGUCGCAUCAGCGGUGAAAGAUUGGCUUCACUACACACUCGUCGCCCUCGCCUGGCUUGGAAUAGUCCCAUUAACUGCGUGUAGGACGUAUCGCUGUUUAUUUUCUGGUUCAUUAGACCCAGUGAUAUCUCUACCAUUCGACAUAGUCUCAGCUGAGAACUUGGCGAAAGAUGUUUUCUCUGGAUGCUUUGUUGUUACAUGCACUCUAUUCUCGUUUAUUGGUUUGGUGUGGCUGAGAGAGCAGAUUAUGCAUGGUGGCGGCCCAGAUUGGAUGGAGAGGGAAAAUUUACCAGCACCACCAGCUGAAGAGCCUUUACAGGAUAAUAACAAUGAGAAUAUUAAUGAAGGAGCUGUUGAUGAUGUUGGAGCAAGAGAAGAGCCAAAUGGUGAAGCUGCAGAGGAUCCAUUGGUGGGUGAUGAAGCAAACUGGAACCCAAUGGAAUGGGAUCGGGUAGCUGCAGAAGAGUUAACUUGGGCUAGGUUAUUGGGGUUGGAUGGGUCAAUGGUGUUUCUAGAACAUGUGUUUUGGGUUGUAUCUCUGAAUACAUUGUUUAUUGUUGGAUUUGCUUUCUGUCCCUAUCAAAUAGGGCAGCUUGGGGCUACAGUAGCUGGACUUACUGCAGAGGGACCUUUUGCUGGUCCUUUGAAAGCAUUAUCAGGAUAUGUUAUUGUUGCUGCGCUGUUGGCCAUACUUCACGCUAUGGCAUCGUUGCUAAGGCUGAGAAGUGCUAAAAAGGCUCUGGGAUUCUGCUAUGUCGUUGUAAAAGUGGCUCUACUAUCUGUUGUUGAAAUUGGUGUUAUCCCACUAGUAUGCGGGUGGUGGUUAGACCUAUGCUCCCUAUCGAUGUUUGAUGCAACACUGAAAGACAGGGAGACGAGUCUCCAUGCAGCUCCGUGGACUCUAAUGUUCAUCCACUGGCUUGUUGGAAUGGUGUAUGUCUACUAUUUUGCAUCUUUCAUAUUGCUGCUGCGAGAAGUGCUAAGGCCUGGUGUACUUUGGUUCUUGAAGAACUUGAAUGAUCCUGAUUUUAGUCCCGUUCAGGAAAUGAUACACCUACCAGUGUGGUCACACAUCCGACGUCUGAUUGUAUCAGCCAUGGUGUUUGGAACGGCAGUACUCUUCAUGCUGUGGCUGCCGAUCAGAGUGAUCAAAUAUGUUCUGCCUGGAUUCUUACCAUAUGCAGUGGCGGUACAUACUGAGGCACCGGUUAAUGAACUUAGCUUGGAGUUGCUUUUAUUGCAAGUAAUCCUCCCCGCGCUUCUGGAACAAUCCCACACGCGCACGUGGCUGAAGGCGGGGCUGCGCGCGUGGUGCGCGUGCGCGGCGGGCGCGCUCGGCCUGCGCUCGUACCUGCUCGGCCAGGCCAGUCGGCAGGCGGACCAGCACCCGCCGCCGCACCCGCCGCACCAGCUGGGCGCUGCUCACCAGGCAUUAAUGUGGCGGGAAGGACCUGCCGGGUUUGAACCUUACGUCCGCGUGUCGUGGUUCCCGCUCCGCUUGACAGCUCUACUCGGCUUUGUGUCCAUAUCCCUUGUGCUCGCCAGUGCACUUACUUUGGUUAUACCAGUAGCGAUUGGCAGGAAGGUUAUGGCGCUAUGGCUGCCAAAAGCCUCCGAAGGCGUACACGAAUUAUACACGGCGGCUUGCGGCAUGUACGUGUGCUGGGCGGUGGGGCGCGGCGGCGCGCUGGCGGCGGGCUGGGCGCGCGGCGGGCGCGCGGCGCUGCUGGCGCGCGCGGCGCUGUGGGCGCGCCGGGCCGCGCGCGCCGCGCUCGCCGCGCUCGCGCUGCUCGGCCUCGUGCCGCUGCUCUUCGGCUUGCUGCUCGAGCUGGUCCUUGUGAUACCUCUAAGAGUGCCGCUAGAACAAUCACCAGUGUUAUUCGUAUGGCAAGACUGGGCGUUGGGUGUGCUCUACACUAAGAUAGUGUGCGCUCUCACUAUGAUGGGCCCGGACUGGAGCAUGCGACGCGCUAUUGAAAAGGCGUAUAGAGACGGCAUUAGGGAAAUGGACCUUAAGUUCAUCCUGCUUGCGGUGGCGGCGCCGCUGGUGCGCUGGCUGGGGCUGGCGCUGGCGGUGCCGUACGCGUUCGCGCACAGCGUGGCGCCGCUGGGCGUGCAGUCGGCGGCGCAGCGCAACCUGCUGGCGCGCCGCGUCUACCCCGCGCUGCUCGUCAUCUCCGUGCUCGCCGCGCUCGCUGUCUUCCAGAUCCGUCAAUUCCGAAAGCUGUAUGAGCACAUCAAGAACGACAAAUACCUCGUGGGGCAGCGCCUCGUGAACUACGACCACCGGCGACACAAGCACGUCUCGUCGCACUGAGUCUAUCCCUCUCGCACUUGUGAUAUUUUUAUUUGUAAGACAAGGACGGGUGUAUUCCCGAAUUGAUUCGAUUGUUGUAGAUCUAUGAGGAUUUAAAUGCGAUGUCAUUAAAUAAUAGAAAUGGCGCGAAAUUGUGUUUCUUGGGUAGUAUUGUUAUAAGAACAUGGUUUAUUGAAGUCGAUCGUUUUUCGUUUUAAGUAAAAGGAAGGUUUUUUAGUGUUUGUGUUCACCAUCAUUGAAAGACAUUUGUGAAAUAAAUAUUUUAGAUGUGUAUGUCGGAUUCGCCAAAAUGCACCAUUAGUUCAUUAUUUUAGUGCAAAAAUGAUGCUGUAAAUUAAAGCUUGGAGAUCCCUGGUUAUAUUAGGCUAUCGUUAUUUUAUAUUUGUAUAUGAUUGUAAUUCCAAAAAGAUAAUUUAUUGUAAAUUGUUCGGAAAACAUUGUGUUUUUUUUAUUAGGAAGUUUACUAACAGAAUAGUUUUUGCCUAAUUUGGAAUUUGAGAAAAAAUUUCUCAUGUUGCAAUUUUAUUUUGUAGAGGUGAACCAUACAAACACUAGUACAUAUUGUAUAUAUUCAACUGUUGUAUUGUUCGCCAUUUUUAUUAUUUUACAUAAAUUGCCAAUUACAACAUUUAAUUUAAUUCAUUUAAUGUGUUUAUUUUUAUAACCGUAUUUUAUUUUCAUUAAAUGCUCAUUCAUUCAAUAUAAAUAUAGAUACAAGAUGGUUAAGGUAAUCCUCGUCUCAGCACUUAGCUUAUAAUUCUUGUGAUUAAAUCGUUAAAUAUUA